AUGGCGGCAGAACAACGGAAGCUGCUUGAACAGCUCAUGGUUGAAUCGCAACGGCUGUCACUGAAUGACCCGAAAGUGUGUCGCCCAUUUUGCGUAGACUUUUGCGUGCACGAGCUGUUUGCCGGGACCAAGCUGGUGUUGGGACCAUGCGGGCGGAUCCACAGCGAGCGAUUGCGCAGCGAGUACAGCUCAAUGGACAAAAUCCCGGCGUUUGAGCGUGAGUUUUACCGGCAGCUUGAUUUGGUGAUUGCAGAGCGGAGAGAAGCCAUUGAGGCUGCUGCAAAAAAGCUAGAGCUGACCGACGACGAUCUCGCGCAGAUCGAAGACGCUACGCGAGACCUGGUGGAGGCCGAGACGGAAAACGAGCUGCUCGUGGAUGAAAUCAAUGAAUUAGCGAGGUGCAGGGUCAUCGCCCGGGCGGUCACCCAAAUCCCGGCGCUGGCAGCUGCCCAACGUAACCUGACCACCAAACAACAAGCGGUGAAAACGCUUUUUGAAGGCCUGGGGUUCUCGGCACACCAAAAACUGCAGGUCUGCACACAGACCACUUUACCGGCAAACUGCACCAGGGAUACGCAAAAGUUCAAGCAGCUAUAG